AUGCCGACGUUGAGCAUCACGGUGGACAUGGGGUGCAGCCGCUGCAGCGCCAAGAUUCAGAGGGUCCUAUCCUCCAUCCAGGACCGAGGCAAGUUUGUCAUCGAGAAGAUCGUGUACGAGGAUAAACGGGUGCUCGUGUCGGGGCCCUUCGACGCCGACAAGCUGACAUGCAAGCUCUGGUGCAAGGCCAGCAACGUCAUCAAGAACAUUGAGGUCGUCAAGCCGCCGGUGGUAGCCAAGCCGAAGGACGACCCUCCCAAGCAGAAGAAGCAAGACGAGAAGCCCGAGACCAAGCCAGCCCCGUGCAACCAGCUGGUCCCGUACGCGUACCCGUACCCGCUGCCGUACCCAUCGGCGUGGCCGUGUGGCUGCGGUACGCCGUGCUGCGAGGGCCACUCCAAGCCGCCCCCUCUGGCGCCGGCGCCCACGUGCCAGUGCCCGGCCUACCCGCCGUACCAGCAGCCGAUGCCCAUGCCGUGCACGCCGAUGGUCAUCUGCGAGGAGAGCCCGCCCGCCUGCUCCGUCAUGUAA